AUGAUGCAGAACGAUUUCGUCGCGAGAUUACGAAAGGAGAUCGCGAAGAAAAUAGCACUCAUUCAAAAUCCUGGUCUUGGAGAGUUCAAGAUACGCGACUUAAACGAUGAAAUUAACAAAAUGAUUAGGAUUAAAUUCGCAUGGGAAAUACGUAUACGAGAACUAGGAGGAAUGGACUACAGGAAAAUGUCAUCGCGAGAGCUUGAUAAAGAGGGAAGAGAAGUUGCGUCAAACCGCGGCUACAAGUAUUUCGGUGCAGCCAAGGAUUUACCUGGUGUCCGGGAAUUGUUCGAGGAGUCUAAAGAACUAGAGCAAAUGCGAAAGACUCGAGCCGAGUUGAUGAAGAAUGUCGAUGCGGAUUAUUAUGGUUACCUGGAUGAUGAUGACGGACUCUUGAUACCUUUGGAGCAAGAGGAAGAGAAAAAGGCGAUUGCACAGGCUGAAAAGUAUUUUGCUGAGCAUGGCGCUGAACGUUUUCAAAAAGAUUUCGGAGACGAUAUGGAGGAAGACAUCUAUAAAAUUGAAGAUGAUGAUGGUGAAGACAUUGACACAAAGGAAUCUAUCGUGGUUGGUGAAGAUGGAAAACAGAUGACUAUCAGACAUGUCUUGGUACCUAGCCAGAGUGAUAUCGAAGAGAUGAUUAUUGAAAGGAAAAAACGGGAACUUAUGGAGAAAUACCUUGCGACGAGCUGA